AUGGCGUGCCCGCCGCACCCCUACGGCAUCAAGCCUAACGGCCAGGCCUUCCUCGAGGCGUGCGGCGACGCGCGCGGGCCGGGGCUCGGCCACAUGGGCGCGCUGCCCGAUGAGGUGCUGCUCCAGCUGCUGUACCUGCUGCCCGCAUCCGACCUCCAGCGGCUCGGCAUGGCCAGCAGGGCGCUGUACGCGUACUGCCACUUCGACGAGCUGUGGAAGGCGCUACUGCUCGAGCGGCGGUACGUCGCCGGCAGCCAUCGGGCGCUGGCGGUACGGGGGCUGUACUCGGACCUGCUGUACCGCCCCUGGCUGUGCGCGACCGCCGAGCUGCUGCCGGAGUGGUUGGAGGUCGAAAAUGUCGACAGGCGCGCUGACCUGUCGCUCGAGGAGUUCAGGGAGCGGUACGAGGCCCCCAACCGCCCCGUCAUCAUAACCGACGCCGCGGGCCGCUGGCCGGCCGUGAAAAAGUGGACGCGGCAGCACCUGCUGCAGGCCUUCGCCGGUCGCGAGGUGAUUGUGGGCAACGCGGCGAUGCGGCUGGCGCCGUACUUGGCUUAUGCAGACAACAACACGGAUGAGAUGCCGCUCUACAUGUUCGACAAGGCCUUCGCCCUCGCCGCCCCCCAGCUGGCGCGCGACUACUCGGUACCUUCCUAUUUCUCUGAUGACCUCUUUGAGCUCUUAGGAGAGGAGGGGCGCCCCGACUACCGCUGGCUCAUCAUAGGGCCGCGGCGCAGCGGCAGCUCAUUCCACGUGGACCCCAACGCCACGAGCGCCUGGAACGCAGUUAUCACCGGCGCCAAAAAGUGGAUCCUUUACCCGCCAGGCUGCACGCCGCCCGGCGUCCACGUCAGGUGA